AUGUUGACGGAGAAGAAGACGGGAGACAGGCCCCUGAAGUUAUCGACGAGUAGUAUAGUAGAUAUCCGCAGCACCGAGUGCGAUGGCGAGAGCGACAAGGCCACUGACGCAAAGAAGCUGAAGGCAAAAGGUUCCGAGGCUGAUGAAAGCGCCGGGAAGAGAGGCAAAUCAGUGCAUCAAACCGUCGCAGUCGGCGCACUAACCCUUGGUCUAUGUCUGGUAGCGUUCGCCGCAGCAGUAGACAACACAAUUCUCGGAACGGCCAUCCCGCGCAUCACAGCCGAGUUCAACUCGCUCCAAGACGCUGGGCUGUACCGUAGCGCCUCACUGGUCGCUUCGACGGCGCUCCAACUGCCCUACGGGAAAGCAUAUGCGCAGUUCAAUGUCAAGUGGAUCUAUCUCGGCAGCCUCCUCAUCUUUGAAGCUGGCUCCAUCCUUUGCGCCGCUGCGCCCAGCUCCACUGCCCUCAUCGCCGGACGUGUCGUCUCGGGCGUCGGGGCAGCGGCGCUCUACUCGGGCGCCAUCAAUAUGCUCGCAAUGACAGCAAGUCCACAAAAAGCCCCCGCGCUGUUCGGCACUCUGUCUAGCAUGUUCGGACUAGCUUCGCUGGUUGGUCCACUCCUUGGAGGCGCCUUCACCGACGCACCGAAGUUGACGUGGAGGUGGUGCUUCUGGAUCAAUCUGCCCAUUGGCGGCGUCGCCGCGAUAUUCAUCGUGCUUGUGUUCCGAAUCCCCAAGCCGCCACCUCCUGAAGUGGACGCGGAAACGGAAAUGCAAACGGUUAACAGUACGGGCAAUGGUGUCCAAGACAUGCAAGACAAAACAGCAACAGUAAUGGUCCCUCCUCGACACCCAGACAGCCAGAGCGUAGCAACGACCACUAUCCUCUCUUUUAUCGAAAAGAUGCAGAAGAUGGAUCCGCUAGGCACUGCUAUCCUGAUUCCGACCAUGGUGAGUCUGGUAUUGGCCCUCCAAUGGGGCGGGACAACGUAUCCCUGGUCAGAUGGACGGGUUUGGGGCUGCCUGGUCUGUUUUGGCGUUCUCGCAGCCGCCUUUUUCGUCUCGUUGUGGUUCACUGGUGACAACGCCGUGAUCCCGCUCCGUCUCCUCCGAGACCGCACCGUUCUGGGUGGCGUGCUGACGAUUUGCUGGCUCUCGGCGGGCUUCUUCACACACGUCUUCUUCCUGCCGUUUUAUUUGCAAGUAGUCCAGGGCAUGAGUGCCACGGCUUCCGGCCUCCGCCUCCUCGCCUACCUCGGAGCCAUGGCCUUGGCCGGCGUAAUGGCCGGCGGAGCCAUGUCAUCGGGCCCCGGCCGCAGAUUAUCGAACCACAGGCCGUACGCCUGGGUCGGCUCGGGCCUAUUCAUAGUCGGAGCAAGCCUGUUGCACAUGCUGAGCGUCGACUCGGGGUUGGGCAUGGUUGUAGGCUUCCAGCUGCUAUCAGGUGCCGCUCUCGGCGUCGCGUGGCAGGUUCCGUACAUCGCGAUACAGCGGUCAGAGAAGCUCAAGAAGCGGCCGGGCGAUGUCGCCAUCGCCAACGCCUUGAUCACCUUCUCCAACUCGUUCGGCGCCGUGCUGGGCAUUACCAUCGCGCAGAACAUCUUUGUAAGAACGCUUGCCACGGGCUUGGCGGAUGUGCCGGGCUUGGAUUCUAGUCACGCCGACGCUAUUGCGAAGGCCGGCCAGGCCGCGCAUCUGAGCGAUCCCGCCUUUUUGCCUCAAGGGCUCCGUACCCUUGUGUUGCAGGUCUUCAACAAAGCCAUCACGUCGACGUUCACUUUUGCUGCCGCCGCCGGAGGCGUGGGCUUUUUAUGCAGUUUCAUUUUCCCAUAG